ACGUUGCUACAUUGUAGCAACAUUGCUGCAAUAUUGUAACAUUGCUUCGGUGUAGCUGCAAUAGUAUAAUAUAACUGCAAGUUUUGUGCACUGUAUGGAUUGUAUCUUCAUAUUUUGACGUUCAAGUGUCAUCAGAGAUAUAUAAUAAUUAUAUUUUGAUACUCGUCAAGCAUUGAACUAACCAAGAAAUUGCAGGUUACAAUUGCGCUGCAAAUAUAUAACAUCAUUAUAUUUUGCUAGAUCGAGUAAAAAGCAGUGCUGCGAUUCGAAGGUAAAAAUAUGAAGAAACGACCACGUGCAAAAAAGCAUUCCCCCUCACAAAAAUAUUCCCAUACGCACCAACGUUUACCGACUAAAGCAAGGAGUUCUCACGAUUCGAAGGAACCAAGUUUUAAACAAGGCUAUUUUAAGCUUCAACAAAACAAUGGAAAUUAUGAUAAUACGUCAUGUUUAAGGAAAGACGCGUUUGCUUCGCUGGAAUCUCUCUUCGACUUAAAGAAACCAUUAAAUUUGCAUUAUGUAUUUCCUUUAGCAUUUCACUGUAAACAAAAAUCAGUCGAAACAUCUACUGCCACAAAAUCAGAACCCUAUGUAGAAACAUUAUUUCUGCAAACUUUUUCGCCACGGACAAAUCUCAAGCCGCUUGUUUCCCAGGCAUAUGCAAAAUAUGACAAAGUCACAGUUGAACAAAAUGCAAUAAAUCAGAUAAAAGCAAACCAAGAAAAAGUAUUGUCAUUGGAAGUACCGAAAUUGGUGGAAUUACAACAAAAUCGAUCGGUAAAUAUAGCCGAAAACAAAAUGUCGAACAGCAUAAUGCAAGAAGAAGAGGACAAGAAAGCAGUUGAUGAUACUAUCGUAGGUGAGAGAUCUACUAUGGAAGCCGAAAAAAAGAAGGAAUAUGAGCGUGAUGAUGAGAAUACAGAUAAAAAUAGCACUGUAAGAGGAGAGAAAUCUGAUGACAAAGACGAAAUUAAAGAAAAUCAAACUGAUGACAAAGAUAAAGUUGAAGGCAAUAAAGAAGACAAAGUUGAAGGAGAUAUUGAUGAGAAGAAUGACGAUACAGACAAUGGUAAAAUUCAAGAGGAAAUAAAAGAAGAUAUUAAAGCUAGAGAUGAUUUACUAGAAAAGCCUCAACUCUAUCCUACCCCCCUUGACGUUCAAGCUAUGGAAGAUCAAGUGACGAAAUCUAAGCAACUUGUAAAACCGAUAGUCAGUUCACCCCUUUUAACUGAUGACAUAAUUAUAGAACUAAAAGUAAUGAACGAGAGAUGCAUUUUGCUAACAGAUGAAAUCCAACAAUUAAAGCGUGAAGUUUCAGAAUUAUUAGAGAAACCGGAGUUAACAGAUGAAGAUACGCAGACAAUUAAAGACAAACAAGAUGUUCUUACGGCAAAAGUAGCCGAAUUGGAGCAAUUGACACAAAAAUUUCAAAAAGCGCGAGAAGAAGUAGAACGGCUCGAUGAAAUGGAACAAGUGGAUAAAAAAGAAGUUGAACCAUUCGAAGGAAUUUUACAAGACCACUUUGAGAUACCACAAAUACAAUAUCCCGAAGAUAAACUUCCGAGAGUAAUUGUUUGUGGCUAUACUGACGUGCUUCCAAAACUCGUGGUAGCGGACACUGAGCGGAAAGAAAGAGAAAAGUGUUUUGAAAAGUUAACUGGCAAACUAACCGAGUCCUUAACGAUGCAGGAAAAAUUGGUUAAAGAAAACGCGCAACUGGAAGGUGGAAAGUACAAGUUAGAAGAAGCGUUACUAGAAAAAGAUACGGCUCUCGAGAGUUUACAGAGGAAGGUAUGCGGCCUGCAGGCAGAAAUGCGUAUAAUUGUCAAAGAGAAUGUGGAGUUGAGCCGCCAAUUGGCCAUUUUGAAUCAGUUAGCGAUGAGACCUACUUAUUGUUACACCUGCCCAGGUGUUACUCCAUCUCCUCCGUCGACGUCGCCGGCGUUAUCCUCGCGUCCUCCGCAUGCCAAUGUGCAACUUCAGGACGAUACUUACUACCGUUGCAAAUGCUGUUUUCUAUCACCGUUCACUGACACUUUAUCGACAACUACGGAAACUGCAUGCAACUCGCCGAGGCUUACAGGAGGUGGAUCGCCAACGGAGGACCGUUGUCCUGCAGAUAGCAACGAUUUGCAAAACGUAGAGAUGUGCUCCAGAGGCCUAACCACUGUCAAACCAUUGCUUCCUCGAGGAACAUGUCCCGCAGAAUUGCAAGAUAAACUUACGACCUAUGGCACUACCACUAAACAAUUAGAACAGCAAUUAGGUAGUAUGGAGACCGAGGUACGUAAUAUGCAGAUGGAACUAGCAAAUGUACAACGUGAGCGACAACAAUUGGAACAACAACGUAAAUUGCUCAAAUGCACAGGACCUUGCGCACCGUGCGCUUGUUGCCCACCUCCGAUCUCGACAUGUGCGACAGCCACGCCAGGACUUGCAUCAAAAGUACCUGCUGUGUCCACGAUGCCUCUCGCCCAAAUGACUACACAGGCUGCGCCUCCAAUGUACACUGGUUCUUGCACCAACACAAUUACGGCAAGCAAUACUUGUGCUCAACAGCAAUUACGUGAUCUUCGUGAACAAUAUGCUCGACUUCAGGAUGAUUAUAAAAGCAAGUUGUGCGAGGUGUCAUGUAUGAGAACAGAAGCGGAGAAACUCAAGCAAGACACUCGCGAUGCAAAGGAAGAGAGGGAACGAAUGGAGAUAAAAUUGAUAGAUGUUCAGGAGCGAUUAAAAUUUCUAGAAGCAGAAAAGGCGAAAUUCGAGGGUCAUAAGGAACAUCUCAUUGAGCAGGAACAGGCUUUAAUGGUGGCGAAGCAACGCUUUCGAGAAGCGCAAGAUGAGUUGGAGGAGCUUCGUUCCUUGAUUCAAGAUCAAGCUGCUCAACUGGAAGACUAUCGCAAUAAAUAUUUACAAGCCCAGCAGCAAGUCGAGGAACAGCGCAGACAACUAGAUCUUAUGGAAAUGGACAAUGCGCGAAUGAAUGAGAAUGUUACUUUGGAAAUUGGACGUGUUAAAAAUCAAUUUCAAGAGAAAUUAGCCGAGCUUGCACCGUUGCCCGAUAUCUUGAAACAGAUGCAAAUGAAAAUGCAGGAAGCGCAACAGAUGCGCUUAGUUGCCGAACGUAGCUGCGAGGACCUGUCGCGAGAAUUACUAGGGUACAAGGAGAAGAUUCAAACCUUGCAAAAUCAAUUGGACGUAUUGCGCACCGAGUAUCAAACACUUCAGGACGAAAGGGGACUUGGAUCUGGCAAGUCCGAAGAGAUGGAAAGAAAAUGCGGCGAGUUGCGACACGAGAACGAAAGGAUGAAAAACGCACUGGCACGAUUUGAGGAACACGAGGCGCAGUUGCAAAAGCGCAUCGACGAGAAAAUGCACGAUAACACACAGUUGUCAUCUAUGUUGGAACAGAUAAGGGAGGAUUCCGCUCGACAAGUAGCAAGGACCAAGGAGCGAUGCGAAACCAUGCGAAGAUCAAUGCAAGGCCAGAUCGCUGAAAUGGAAAGGCAAUUGGCACAGUGUAGAGCAACAGCGCGCGCCGCUCAACGAGAUAGAGACGAGAUCAGGCAAAAGAUGCAGAGUCAAAUAACUAACUUGAACGAAGCGUUUAAACACGCGCAAGGCCGAAUAAAAUCGUUACAAGGACACGUAAACUACCUCAAGACUUCCUACAGCAAUAUCUUUCUCGGCCAAGGAGAAACACCGACAAGUGCAUUGCCGGUAGACGAUUCCUGCGAUUGCAACUAUUAAAUGCGUGCACACACGAGUUUUACAUAAUAAUGCUGUAUAUUUUUGUUCAACGUAGCAAAAUUAAAAUACUCGACGAUGCACAAAAGCCUCGUUGUGCAUCUAUAUACUUGAAAUAAUAACGUUUUGAUAUACAAUCGACACAAAGUUGAUUGAUAAAUAACUUAUACCGACGUUAUACCGUCAUUCUUUUUAUAACCAUGUAAAUUAUAAACGAUACGUCUCUAAAAUAAAAAAAAUAUCAACUCAAGAGUUGUGUAUAUUUACUGUAUGGAAAUCACCUACUAUCUCUUGACACGUGGCUUAUCCCAGAUAGCACACAUAGUUUGUGUUAAAAUAGACAAAAAUUUUCAAUAUAAUUGAAACACCACAUUGC